ACCCCUUUCAACCUUUGCACAACAUGCCUCCAUUUUAUAGCAAAGGCGAAAUACAAACUUACAGUGACAAUGCUGCAUUAAUGUGAGCUAUUAGGAAGAGGACAUAUUGUUACCUGGGUUUCAGGUACAUACAGACCAGGCUGACCAGACCUAUCUGCUGCCUUUGAUACUGUGAACCAUCAGAUCCUCCUCUCCACCAUCUCCGAGUUGGGCAUCUCCGGCGCGGCCCACGCUUGGAUUGCGUCCUACCUGACAGGUCGCUCCUACCAGGAAGCGGGGAACCAUGGGGUCAUGGGGCCACGGCCUGUGUGUGGUUUUGUGUUUCUGGGGAACAGUUAGCAGGAGCAUGCUUCAGAGUCGCACUGUUGGCCCGUGUACUGUCAAUACUGGCACGGCAUCAUUUAACUGCAGUUGGAGGAAACUGGAUCAUAUUCCAACAGAGAUAUGGGACAAUGCAACCACACUGGACCUCUCCCAGAACCACCUCAACUUAACUAACUCUCAACACCUCAGACAACUACAGAGGUUGGAUCAGCUGGUUACCCUCAAUCUCUCAGGCAACUACCUCCCUCUGCUGGGGAAAGACAACCUCUGCAGCCUCCCCUCCCUGCAUACACUAGACCUCAGUGGCUGCCAAUUGACUUCCAUAGAGGCUGGAGCUCUGCAGGGUUUACCCAGGUUAGGGAAGCUGUUUUUGGGGCACAACAGACUGCAAGUCCCCCUGUCUGUCUCCACUCGAGAUAUAGUAACUAUAUCCUUCCUGGAUCUCCAUGGGAACCAAGAGCUUGAGCGUGGCUCUGAUGAUUUGACGACAGGAAUCAGAAGACCAUCUCAUAGAAAACUGUUGACAAAUGACCAUGAACAUCCCACCACAACUCCAACUAACACAAUGACUACAACUAAUGGCACAGAGUCGCCUGGUCAGAGCCGCCCCUCCCACAGUUGGCAAUAUUUGGUGGCAGUCCUUGUGACGGCCAUCUCCCUCUCCCUCCUCAUCACCAGCCUGGCCAAAUGCCAGCUGGUCCGCCGCUACCUAGCCAGCUAUCGCCACACCCGUCUGACCGAGCAGGACACAGCCAGCCAGUGUGACCCCAACAGUCUGGAGGUGGGCUUCUCUAUGCACAACCAUGGGGGACAGGCACAGAGCCCCCACCCUGCUGCUGUCCUCCAGGGAGAGAUGGACAUAGAGGAUGAGGAAGAUGAUGAUGGCUUCAUAGAGGAUAACUACAUACAAGCCAGCGAGAGGGAGAGGGCUAAGAGGGCACUUGAAGUGGAGGAAGAGGAGGAAGAGGAUGGGAUGGACUUUACCAUUGGCUAGGAAGAAAGGGAGAAGGUGGAAAGAGAGGGGAGAGAAUGAGAGAGAGAGGGUCACUAGCCUAUUUGGACACUGAUUGGGACCAAUACAGAUAUUAAAUUUAAGCAUGUCUAUUUCCAUCAUCUUUAGAGGGGGAAAAACAGUCACAGAGACAGAUGAAUACAAAACUGACAAUAGCAAUAACUCAAUUUAGCUCCGCAAUAGGGCACCUUGGCCUGUGUCUUUCAAUGGAUUUCAAAAUUGGGCUAACUGUUUGUACUGACUUUGAUAGAAAUUUGUUAGAACAUUAUUAUUUAAAGUGGGUCAAAUAAUCAAUCAAUUUGUUUUUGAGUUAGAUUUUUUAAGUUCCAACUCAGUUUUACCAAUGAAAUUGAUGUUGUUUGGGUGUGCCUGCACUCCAUUUUGUUACAUUUGUAGAUAAAAUAAAACGUUUUAAAAUUUAA